AUGUAGCUCUCGUAACUUUUUAUCAUCCGAUUUUGAUCCAGUCAUUGACUUGUGAUACACAAUAUAAAUAAACAAUCGGUUUAUUGAAAAUCAGUCUUGGCAAAAUGUUGACCAUUAUUCUGAGUGUGAUUUUUUGUGCCCUCAUUUACUACAAAUUAAUGAAACCGGCAAACUUUUGGAAGAAGCGAAACAUCACUCAUGUCCCAUCAUGGCCUCUUGUUGGAAAUAUGCUGGAUUCGAUUAUUCAAAAAAAACACAUACUUGAAAUUUCUACAGAUAUUUACAAAAAAUACCCAGAUGAUAGAUACGUGGGUUAUAUGCAGUUUACAAACCCGACUCUUUUAAUCCGUGACAUUGAUUUGAUCAAACAAAUUGGAGUGAAAAUUUUCGACAGUUUUCACGACCACGUCACUGCAGCUGGGAUUGAAACUGAACCUUUGCUCAACCAAAGUCUUAUUAGUUUACAUGGAGAGGACUGGAAGCGAAUGAGGGCAACCCUAAGCCCGGCUUUCACUAGCAGUAAAAUGAAAAAUAUGUAUCAUUUAAUCUACGAAUGUUCCGAAAAUUUCGCCCAACAUUUUCAAGAUGGGAAACAGAACGUUGAAGUUAAGGACAUUUUCUCGAAGUUUACCAACGAUGUGAUUGCAACUGCGGCGUUCGGAAUCCAAGUAAAUUCGUUAAAAGAACCCGACAAUGAGUUUUAUUCGAUGGGAAAAGCACUGACUACGUUUCAAGGUUUUCAGCUCAUCAAGUUUUUUUUUGUUCAAUUAGUGCCCAAAAUUGCUGAAAUCCUGAAGGUGCGUUUUUUGAAUCCAAAGGUGGCAAAUUUUUUCACAAGUAUCAUUAUUAAUAAUAUGCAAAAAAGGGAGCGAGAUGGAAUUAUUCGGCCCGAUUUAAUUCAUCUGUUAAUGGAAGCGAGAAAAGGGAAACUCAAGUAUGAUAAAGGUAACGAAUUUGGUGAUGGUUUUGCCACGGUUGAGGAGUCAGAAAUUGGCAAAAACACCAAACAAGUUGAACUAACAGACGAUUUAAUAGUGGCUCAAGCUUUACUUUUCUUUUUCGCUGGUUUCGACACUGUUUCCACAGGUGCCAGUUUUCUGGCACAUGAAUUAGCCACAAAUCCUGACGUUCAAAAAAAACUACAAGAAGAAAUAGACAUGGUACUUGAGGAAAAUCACGGAAAAAUUUCAUACACAAGGAUACAAUCGAUGAAAUAUCUCGACCAAGUUAUUUCCGAAAGUUUAAGACUUUGGCCACCAGCUCCCCAAACCGAUCGUUUCUGCAACACCGACUUUGUUCUUGAGCCAACAAAACCACACGAAAGACGAUUUACGAUCGAGAAAGGUGUUACAACAAUUAUUCCGAUUUAUGGAAUACAUAGAGACCCUCAGUACUUUCCAAAUCCGGAUAAAUUCGAUCCUGAACGGUUUAGUGACGAAAAUAAGGCCAAAAUUGUGCCAGGGACUUAUAUGCCGUUUGGUGUCGGUCCAAGAAAUUGCAUUGGUUCAAGGUUUGCGUUGCUUGAGUUAAAAACUCUUUUCUUUCACUUACUAUCAAAAUGUGAUGUUAUUCCAAACGAGAAAACAGUGAUUCCGCUUAAAAUAAGUCCAAAUAAUGCGAGUAUUACUCCAAAAGAAGGGAUUCAUCUAACAUUCAGACCCAGAAACUUUGUCCAAUUUAAGAAAUGUAACAAAAAAAAACAAGAACAAAUAAAUUUUCCAGAAGCUUGUACAACUGGCUUGGUUGUAGCUUCAGUCUGUACUAAAAUGUUAACUAUAAUCCUAAGUGUGGUUUUGGGUGCGCUCAUUUAUUACAAAUUAAUAAAACCGGCCAGUUUUUGGGAAGAAAGAAACAUCACUCAUGUUUCAGCAUGGCCUUUGGUCGGAAACAUGUGGAGUACAUUUAUCCAAAAGAAAAAUUUCAAUGAAAUAUCUAACGAUAUCUACAAAAAAUACCCAAACGACAGAUACGUGGGUUAUAUGCAGUUUACAGACCCAGUCCUCCUAAUCAGAGACUUGGACUUGAUUAAACAAAUCGGAGUGAAAGUUUUCGACAAUUUUCGCGACCAUCACGCUGUUGCCGGUUUUAAAACAGAACCCUUGUUCAAUAAAAGUCUCGCAUUCCUGGAAGGAGAAGAAUGGAAGCAAAUGAGGGCCACUUUAAGCCCAGCUUUCACUAGCAGUAAAAUGAAAAAUAUGUAUCACUUGAUUUACGAAUGUGCCGAAAAUUUCGCCAAACAUUUUCAAGGCAAAAAACAGGACGUUGAAGUGAAGGAUGUUUUUUCGAGAUUUACCAACGAUAUAAUUGCUACGGUGGCAUUUGGCAUUCAAAUUAAUUCUUUGGAAGAACGUAACAAUGAGUUUUAUUUGAGUGGAAAAUCGGUGACUACGUUCAGCGGCAAACAAUUACUCAAGUUUUUUGCAGCACAAGUAAUUCCCCAAGUUUUUGAGUUUUUCAAAGUGGGUGUGUUUGAUCAAAAAAUUGUAAAGUACUUUAACGAUAUCAUCAUUGACAAUAUGCACAAGAGGGAAAAGGAAGGAAUCAUUCGGCCCGAUUUAAUUCAUUUAUUGAUGGAAGCUCGUAAAGGAAAACUUAAACAUGAUAACAGUAAUGAAGGUGGUGAUGGUUUUGCCACAGUUGAAGAAUCCGACAUUGGCAAAAAUUCCAAAAAAAUGGAACUAACAGACGAACUAAUGGUAGCCCAAGCUUUACUCUUCUUUUUUGCUGGUUUUGAAACUAUUUCAACUGGUGCCAGCUUUUUGGCACAUGAAUUGGCCACAAACCCUGACGUUCAGAGGAAACUACAAGAAGAAAUAGACUCGGUACUUGAGGAAAAUCAAGAGAAAAUUUCAUAUACAACGAUACAGUCGAUGAAAUACCUGGACCAAGUUAUUUCCGAAAGUUUAAGACUUUGGCCACCAGCUCUCCAAACUGAUCGUUUCUGCAACACCCACUUUGUUCUUGAACCAACAAAACCACACGAAAGACGAUUUACCAUCGAAAAAGGUGUUACAGUAGUUUUUCCGAUUUAUGGAAUACAUAGAGACCCUCAGUACUUUCCAAAUCCUGAUAAAUUCGAUCCUGAGCGGUUUAGUGACGAAAAUAAGGCCAAAAUUGUGCCAGGGACUUAUAUGCCGUUUGGUGUCGGUCCAAGAAAUUGCAUUGGUUCGAGGCUUGCUUUGUUGGAACUGAAAACACUAGUCUUCCACUUGUUAUCAAAAUGUGAUAUUGUGACGAACAGCAAGACGGUAAUUCCGCUUAAAAUCAGCCCAAAUAAUGCAAAUAUUACGCCAAAAGAGGGAAUCCAUUUAACAUUCAAGCCCAGAAACGUGGCCUAAUUAAGAGACAGUUCCAGAAAUUUAUAAAAGAAUUGUGACAAAUGUAACAAAAACGUACAAAUAAAAUUAUGCCAAGUUUU